AGGAUUCAGGCUGAGUUGUCUUGAUAAUUAGAAUUCCAGCUCCAAGGAGAAGCCCCAAAGCCAAGGGUAUUGGCUAUAACAGAAAGUGGUAGCCCCAUCUGACGUCUAGAAAAUGUGGACUGGAUAUAAGAUCUUAAUCUUUUCCUAUCUUACUACAGAAAUUUGGAUGGAGAAACAGUAUUUUUCUCAAAGAGAAGUGAACCCAGGACUUGCUUUCACUAGGAAUCACACAGUUUGGGAAGGUCCUCGAUUCAAGAGAGCCAUUUUCAAAGGGCAAUACUGUAGACGUUUUGGUUGUUGUGAAGACAGAGAUGAUGACUGUGCCACUCACUUCUAUGAGGCAAAUGCAUUAUGUUACUGCGAUAAAUUCUGUGAAAGGGAAAAUUCUGAUUGCUGUCCUGAUUACAAGUCAUUUUGCCGUGAAGAGAAAGAAUGGCCUCCUCACACAAAGCCUUGGGAUCCAGAAGGUUGCCUCAGAGAUGGUCAACCUUAUGAAGAAGGAUCAGUAAUUAAAGAAAACUGCAACUCCUGCACAUGCUCAGGACAGCAAUGGAAAUGUUCCCAGCUUGUCUGCCUUGUUCAACCAGAAAUAAUUGAACGUGUCAAUAAAGGAGACUAUGGAUGGACAGCCCAGAACUAUAGCCAAUUCUGGGGAAUGACUCUGGAAGAAGGUUUCAAGUACCGUCUUGGCACCCUGCCGCCUAGCCCCAUGCUUCUCAGUAUGAAUGAAAUGACAGCUUCUUUACCUGAAACAACUGAUCUUCCAGAGUUUUUUGUUGCUUCUUAUAAAUGGCCUGGAUGGACUCAUGGCCCAUUGGAUCAAAAAAAUUGUGCUGCAUCAUGGGCAUUUUCUACUGCAAGUGUGGCAGCUGACCGGAUAGCAAUUCAGUCGAAAGGUCGAUACACAGCCAAUCUAUCCCCUCAAAAUUUGAUCUCCUGCUGUGCCAAGAACCAACAUGGAUGCAAUAGUGGAAGCAUCGAUAGGGCUUGGUGGUUCCUGAGAAAACGUGGACUGGUAUCCCAUGCAUGCUACCCACUUUUCAAGGACCAAAAUGCUACCAAUUAUGGCUGCGCCAUGGCAAGUAGAUCUGAUGGGCGGGGAAAACGGCAUGCCACAAAGCCAUGUCCCAACAACAUCGAGAAAUCGAACAGGAUCUACCAAUGUUCUCCUCCAUACAGAGUCUCCUCCAACGAAACUGAGAUCAUGAAAGAAAUCAUGCAAAAUGGACCAGUACAAGCCAUAAUGCAAGUCCAUGAGGAUUUCUUCCAUUAUAAGACAGGGAUAUAUAGACAUGUUACCAGAACAAAUGAAGAGUCAAGCAAAUAUCGAAAGCUCCAGACACACGCUAUCAAACUCAGUGGAUGGGGAAUACUGAAAGGAGCACAAGGGCAGAAAGAAAAAUUCUGGAGUAAUGUAAUCAAAUAUAAAUUUGUCCACCCUGCUCUCCUGCUGGAAGAAACUCAACAACUUGUCAUCAUUUUCACCAUUAUUUUCUCAAUUGCUGCCAAUUCCUGGGGAAAGUCAUGGGGAGAGAAUGGCUAUUUCAGGAUUCUUCGAGGAGUAAAUGAAUCUGACAUUGAAAAGUUGAUUAUUGCAGCUUGGGGCCAUCUGACAAGUUCAGAUGAACCAUAACAUAUCAUUAAAUUUUCAUAAGGCCAUACAUUUAAGUAACCCCGUAAAUUGAAAUUAAGCAAUGUGAGGUUCUCUGUGACAGUGGAAUCUUUGUCUCUUCACCUUGUUAUUAUAAUGUGCCUGUUUUCCUGUUUCACCCCAGGCUCCAUGCUUCUGCUUCCUUUAUAUCACUGGACAUAUAAAAACACUAAUAGAGGACAGCAGAGUAGCUAAAUGCCUUUAAAGUUCUCUGGUUGUCUUUCUUUUUCUCUCAUAAUAAUGUCCUUUUUGACUUUGAUAGUUCACAAAAGUGUGACAGUACUUGUCAUAAAAGUUCAUGGCAUUCCUUUGUAGAAAUGUAGUAGUUUCUGUCUUUAACCAAUGAGGAUUUCAGACAAAAAACAAAAACAAGCAACAACAACAACAAAAAAAACCCAGAAUAAUGAAAACACCAAUUUACCAUCUUCAUGAUUUUUUUCAAUGUUGUCUUAAUUCAUGUCUUACUUAUGAUUUUCCAAAAACAAUGGAAAUAGAUUAUUAAUUGUUUCUCUCAAUAAGCUAACAUUUGUUUCUUUUCAUUGUCUUAACCAAACUUGCAAUUUAAAUUCAAAAGGAAAGUAACUCUCCACAGGAAAUAACUAUUCAUUAUGGUAGUUUACUCUUUAUACUGUGUAAUGGCCUGUGCUGUAAAGAAGAUGGUAGCUGGGAGGGAAAAUUUCCCACCACCUCUCUUGGUUCUUUUGCCCACUCUCAUAAUUAUAUUAACAGAUUUACAGGAUAAAAACAGAUAUUUAAUUAUUGUAUGUACAGAUGCCCCAUAAAAAUAUGAGUCUCAAAUAAGGGACUGGGCGCCUGGGUGGCUCAGUUGGUUAAGUGACUGCCUUCGGCUCAGGUCAUGAUCCUGGAGUCUCGGGAUC